AUGGGCAUUCUCUCUUCGCAUCACGCCGUGUCGUGCGCAAUCUGCCAGACGAGCGCUAGACAUGGCGCUGUUGCCGGCAAUGCCGACUCGGCAUUAACUUUUGUGCGCCCCGAAAUUACUCGCCCCGCCCAGAAGAAUCUCUUCGUGCCGGUGUAA